GGUUUACGUCUGCGACUGCGUUCGGGUGUGAAGUCGACGUGAGUUUGAGAACGGAAAAAGAUUGUUCUUUUCGUCCGUAAGUGUAUUUGAUGGAGGAUUCUUGACUGACAUGGCAGCAUUUAUCAGCACCACGUUUUUGUUUCUUCAACUGACUGGCGGCUUUAAUUCAGAACCUACCCCAGAAGAGAAUGCCCAGAGAAUUGCCAAAGCUGUCCGCAAACAGUCAAUAGAAGUGAAGGAAAAUUGGGAACAACUGAAAACCCAUGUGAGCAACUGGCAGAAACAGGUGGAAAAGGCGUUGGAGAAACUUCAAGAACUGCAGAAAGCUCUGGAUGAUCUUGAGGUUCGUGUGAUAACAGCUGAGGGGGUCCACACUGAUCGGCAACCUGUGGGUGACCUGCUUAUUGACUCAUUGCAGGAUCACAUUGAUAAAACCACAGCAUUUAAAGAAGAAAUUGCCCCAGUGAAACAAGAAGUCAAAAUAUUAAAUGAUCUGGCCAGUCAGUUAUCUCCACUUGAUGUCUCUUUAUCUCCAAAGAUUUCUCACCAACUUGAUGACCUAAAUAUGCGUGGAAAUUCAUGCAGUGUUCUGGUCUGCAGUCUGCACUUUCGAAUGUAAUCGCAAAACAAAAUCCAAAUAGUGAGAGAUGUGAGCCUCCGAACUACAGUCUGAAAUGGUUCAGGACUAGAACAAUUUGAAUAUAUUCCGGAUGAAGCUGCAGGUGAUUUAAACAACGUGCGUUUUUCUGCAUAUCGGCCAGCAAUGAAGAUCCACCGACUCCAGAAAGCGCUCUGUUGUAAGUACAUCCACAUAUUCCAGAAUUUGUAAUCUCGU